AUGACUACCGAUUUCGCAGAUCUUCGUCGGCAGAUCGCUGCUGGCGAUGUGCUUCUCCCGGGUGAGGAUGGCUACAAGGAAAGCUUGAAGCGCUGGAGCCAGAGCGCCGAGAGACCGGCGGCGGUGGUAGUACGGGCUACGAACAGCAACGAGGUGUCGGCUGCCGUCCGCUUCGCCACAUCUCGCAAUAUCCCGCUGACGGUCCACGGAGGAGGGCAUUCAACAAGUGGUGCCUCGUCCUCCGAUGGGGGGAUGGUGAUAGACCUCAGUCGCAUGCGCCAAGUUAGCGUGGACACGGCAGCUCGUACAGUCACCUACGAAGGUGGCUGUGUCUUCGGGGAGGUCGACACAGCGCUUGCUGCCCAUGGACUCGCAACCGUCGGUGGCCUCUAUAACCAGACGGGUGUCGGCGGUCUGGUUCUUGGAGGAGGCCAUGGUUUCUUGACUGCACGACAUGGUCUUGCGAUCGACAACCUCAUCUCAGUAGAGAUGGUGCUUGCAGAUGGCUCUAUCGUCGAGGUGUCUCAGGCACAUAACCCGGAUCUGUUUUGGGGUAUUAGGGGUGCGGGAGCACAAUUCGGCGUUGUCACGCGGUUUACCUCAAAGGCGCACGUUCAGGGCGAUGUCUGGGGCGGACCCUUGCUCUUCUCUUUGGACAAGGUGCCCGAACUCGUUGCGUUUGCCAACGAGUUCCACAAGCGCAACGUUCCAGACCACAAUUUCAUCAUCGCAUUUGGAUGUGCUCCGGAGGAAUACACGACGCCAGUUGCCAUUGUUGGCGUCUUCUACAAUGGCUCCGCGUCUGACGGCGAAAAGUACUUUGCGAAGGUUCUGGAAAUGGGGCCAAUGGCCAACUUGACUGGCACGAUGCCAUACGCGACCACAAACACGCUCUUCAACCCAAGGUUUGACGGGACAGGGCGCAGACUCAUGGGAUCGUGCAGCGUGGUCAUGCCUCUCAACGCUGAGUUUAUCGCCGAGGCUGGGCGAAGGUUUACCGACUUCAUCAUUUCCCACGGUGGCAUGUCAAAAUCAGUCCUCGUCUUCGAAUUCUUCCCUACGAUGGCAAUUCAGGCCACGCCUCACGACGCAACUGCGUUUGCCAGUCGUGGCGACCACUAUUUGGCUAUUAUGGCGCUGAUGUACGAUGACGCCUCUCACGACGCGGAGGUUCGCACCUUCAAGCGCCAUCUCUCGCACUACAUCCAGACAACCUGUGGAUAUCACGGCAGACGAGCCCACGGAGAUCAUGCUCCUUUCUACGUCAACUUGGAGCACGAAAGCCUGAAGCCGGAGGAGGCCUUUGGCAGCCACGUGGACAAGCUACGCGAGCUCAAGGCCAAGUACGAUCCUCAGAAUGUCUUCCACAAGUGGCAUGGGGUAGUGUCAGAGAAAAAGUGA